CAAGAUGGCGAGAAGUAACGAGGAGACUCACACUUCAGCGUACACAAAACACAGAAGUUAAAAGAUACAGGCAUAUCAUGUGUUAAUGAUGGACGCCCACGAAACAUGACGGCGUCGCUGAGGUGCCCCUACUGCUUAUAUCUGUUUUGGAUUUUAUCGCUCAUAGCCGCGGUUCAGGGCUCCGGUAUAUUGUACCCUUAUGGGCUCGCGGAGGGAGACGCCACAGUGCCGGUGAGCGACGACGGGGGGACAGGGGAGAUAGCGCUGGCUGCUGGUUUCCCUUUCUUCGAUCAGGUCCAUUCGUCCUUAUACGUGAACUCAAACGGUGCUAUUUCCUUCCUUGUCUCGGUCACCCAGUUCACUCCCGACCCCUUCCCACUGGACUCAAACAGGAGGAUCAUCGCUCCUUUCUGGGCAGACAUCGACACCUCUCGAAACACGGGGAGGGUGUACUACCGCCAGACCACGAGCGAGGCGGUGCUGAAUAAAACCGACGAGGACGUGAGGAGAGCGUUUGUGGUUCUGUCCAACUUUAACGCCACCUGGGCGUUUGUCUGUACCUACGCCGGCGUGACGUUUUAUGGCGGCAGCAGCACUACACCGACGAACACUUUCCAGGUUGUCUUGACAACGGAUGGACGUCAUUCCUUUGUUAUAUUUAACUACUUACAAGUGACGUGGACAACAGGGACGGCAAGCGGUGGAGACUCUGUGAACGGCCUGGGUGGAACGCCAGCACAGGCAGGCUUCAAUGCUGGCGAUGGAAUACGCUAUUUCUCCGUACCUGGCUCCAGAACCUCUUCUAUCGUGGACAUUGAGACAAAGAGCAAUGUCCUCAUACCCGGCCGGUGGGUGUUCAGGGUAGACGAGGCCACGGUGGUAGCCGCUGGAUGCACGGAGGCAGGAACGCUCUAUACCUCGCCAGUUAGGGGUCCCGCUUUAGGCGGAACAGCCAUCGAACUUUCUGGACCCUGUAUCCAAAUCACAAGCAAUAUUGUUUGUAAGAUAGGAGGCGCUGUAGUACCUGGGUAUUUCAUCAGCGACCUUAAGGCUAUGUGCUAUACGCCACCUAUGUUUGCCACCACGAGUUCAGUCAAAUUUGAGGUGUCCAUAGACGGUGGUACUACAUACUCACAUUCAGCAGAGUUUAUACCAGUUGUAAACACGUCAGCUACGCCGGAUGUCGUCAGGGUAAGGGAGGAUGCUUGGACCAUGACUGGUACUUACGUCAUACAGUGGCAGUCCGCCAGUUUGAGUUCAUCACUGAUAGAUGUGGAUAUACUUGGUUUCAGUAUAUCUGAUAACAUAGUAACCAACCAUUGGAUUCGUCUUGCUUCGGGUAUUGCCAAUUCCGGUCUCGUAGAGCUUGACAGUCUUCUUAAUGCACGUGGCGAAGUGGCAGUAGACGCCGUAGGCUUUGGCGCAAUUCGCUUGACGCCCUCUGGAUCAGCAGUUGGUCAAAAUCUGACAAAACCUUGUUUAUGGUCCGACGUCCACUACAUGCUGUGGCUCCUCAAUGCCUAUAUUGCUACAGAGUUGCGGAACGGCCAAGCAUCAACCUCCACGACGAACGUCUUCACAAAGCUAAGGGACUCCGCUGUAAAAAACGGAUCUUUCUUAAGGAACACAUGGCAAGACACCAAAGACAAGGUGAAGGUUCAUUACCAGUGGGUGAACGACGAGUUGUGUGACCACUGGUUUGAGGAAGACUCCUCGUGGACCUUGCACUCCGACCUUCCAGCGUGCCCUGUCGUGCUCCAGCAGGCGGUUAGAGAUAGGGGGACGUUUGAAGAAGACCCAGACUGUAACUUAGACGCCCCUGGCGGAUGCUAUCUUCGCCCAGGGGCCGUGCACUGUGUGCAGUCUAAUAGGUGCAGCCCGUCGGGAGGAGGACAAGAGUGCUGUUACGGCAGUGACGGAAACCUCCUCAUACUAGCCGAUAGCCAAUAUGGCGGUGGUUCACAAGACAGGGCACACAGGAAAGGGUGUCCGGAGGUAGAGGGCGUGGUCCCGUUGCUAAGCAACUUUUGGCACGACGAGCUCCCAUAUCAGUUCUGCUGUCACAGGUCUUCAGAUAAAGAGGGCAAGUGCGUGGAUAAGUUUGCCGCGAGGAGGCCAUCUAAUGACAGUGCAAAUUACAACCCCCCACGGCCAGUUGUAUCCAUCGGAGAUCCCCACCUUAUAACGCUGGACGGUCUGAACUACACGUUUAACGGGGUAGGGGAAUACACCCUGGUCCAGACCACCCACGGGACUUUUACCAUGCAGGGACGGGCAGAACAGAUCAGGCAUGUGAACGGCUCCUUGUCCUCUGCCACGGGCUGGACCUCUGUGGCGUUGAGAGGGACCAAUGAGACGGUUGAAGUGCGGUCGGUCUCUUCAGUGAGGGUGGAUGUGUACGUAGCUGGCUUGAGGGUGGAUUUUGACACCCUGGGGGACAGCCUGACUCUUUACGGCGGAAUCAGCCUCGUUCGCAACCCAGCGACACAAGCCAUUAAUGUCAGCCUCGACCUGGACAAUAUAUACGUCACAUUCAGUCACGUGGCUGGAUUAUUAAAUUUCAUGCUGAUGCUACCACAUUCGUUAAGGACAUUAACAAGAGGACUGUUAGGAGUUUGGAACGGAAAUAUAGCAGACGACUUCACCACUUCCAAUGGGGUUCAAAUACCAGUGACAUCGUCUCUCCAAGACAUUCAUUAUAACUUUGGAGAAACAUGGAGAACCAGUUCUUCUGGUUCCUUAUUUACCUACGACCCGGGGCAGAGUCACACUUCCUACCAAAAUCCCGCGUUUGUUCCCACGUUUGUCAUUUCACUGGACUCCGUCAACGUUACUGAGGUGACGCUUCUGUGUGGAGACCAUAACCAGUGUAUCUUUGAUUACGUCACCACCGGAAGUGCCGCCAUUGCUGUUGCUACGAAAAGAAUAGCAGAUGAUUAUCAAACAGCUGUUGCCGAUACUCAAACUGUUGUAGCCUGUGGCCGGCUCGGUGCACCAGAUAACGGUCAGAGAAAUUUGACGGACACUAAUUAUCUUGAAGGCGUCACCAUUGAGUUCUCAUGCAAUGAAGGAUACAGUCUCGAGGGAUCCGCAAAUCGCACGUGUUUAUCUUCGUCACAAUGGAGCGGGCAACCUGUGAAUUGCAUUGCCGAUUUUAUACUGUUCCCAGUCGUAUUCAUAUUAGGUGUAUCGGGGGCCGGGAUCCCGGUGGUCGUGUUAGUGAUGAUAAUCGUGCGCACGGUAAAGCGUGGGGGCGCAGACCACACAGAGAAGAACCAGGUACAACCGGAACCGGAAACGAAAGAGAUCGAGGUCGUCAAAACUGUCAGUGAAGACGACAUGGUUCGCAAGGGAUAUCAGUGGGGUUCUCAAGAGUUUUGACCUUUAUGGUUUAUGGCUGAGUUUGACCAGCAGAUAUGAUUCAGGCCUGCGUAUAAAGGGGACACUAAAUCUGAAAAUUUUGGCCUUUUGUCGCCUCACCUUACUAGACUGGCAUUGAAAUAAUGGGAUACGUUGUAAAAUUGUUUUAUAAUUUGAUCCCCGUGAAUACACAAAUGAGGCAAGUCUGUGAAACGUGAUAGUAGUGGUGCUAGAUGGACAUAAUGACAACAAUAACUGCAUCAUCUUAAGCCAUAUGGACACUUGCAUUGUUAGAACGGUUAUAUGUAAAUAUGUUUAGAUAUACGCUACUCCAAAGAGAACACGUGUGUUAAGUCCGUGCUACACAUUUGUCUUUGUCAAACUGAGAGAAAUGCAGUUAUAGAUUUAUGAAUAUAUCUUAAUUUGGAUUAUAGUUUGAUAGUGCAUGAUCAAAUCAAUGUACUAGGUUAUUUUAAGAAAUAAAUAUUUUUUUUAUUUUACUUCAUCUGUCUGAAGGGUACAUGUACGUCUUGCUGUAAAAACGUCAUUGGAGUACCCCUAUGCUUGCCAACUAAUACUUUUACAAAAAAGCCCUUUUUACGAUGAGCUUUUGUCUUUCUGUCUUUGCUCAAAACCUGUAACAAACGGAGACAGCGUUUUUAGGGCAUAUAUCACCAAAUUUUAUUUAUUCAAAAUAAUAGAUCAGCCGAAUUAAAACAGGUACAUGUAUAAUAUAAUGUUAUAGACGAAAUAAAUAACGUUGGCAUCGCC